UACAAGAUACAGUCCAAACACAUAAUGAAGCAGAGCAACCAAACCAUUGUUACCUUUUUUAUCAUUCAAGGAAUUUCAGAUCGCCUCGAACUGCAGACUCCAAUCUUUUUUCUGGUGUUGUUCAUUUACCUGUUCUCCCUUGGUGGUAACAUGGCCAUUUUUCUGUUGGUUUGUCUGAAUUCUCAUUUCCACACACCAAUGUAUUUUUUCUUGGCCAAUCUGUCUCUCUUGGACAUGUUUUCAGCCACUGUCACGCUACAUAACAGUCUUAUUAGUUUUAUAACAGGGGACAACACAAUUUCCUAUGGUGCCUGCCUUUCUGAGAUGUAUAUUUUUGGAUUCCUGCUUAGUGAUGAGUUAUUGCUUCUAACAGCCAUGAGCUAUGAUCGCUAUGUGGCCAUUUGUAACCCUUUGCAGUAUCAUUUAAUUAUGAACACUAAAGUAUGCGUUUUGUUGGCAACUGUCUGUUGGCUUUUGGGAGUAUUGGAAGUUAUACCUUACAUAACCUUAUUGUUGGGGUUUACGUGUUAUAAAUCAAAUGUAAUAAAUCACUUCUUUUGUGAUCUUGUACCUCUCAUGAUACUUUCCUGCAAUGACACUACAGCUUUAGAAAUCUUGAGCCUCACUGAAGGAUUUCUUCUCAUUACAUUUACCCCCUUUCUAUUAACAUUUACAUCUUAUAUUUUCAUUAUUUCCAGUAUACUGAAGAUCCAAUCUAAUAUUGGCAGACGGAAAGCGUUUUAUACAUGUUCUUCACAUCUCACUGUAGUCAUACUUCUUUAUUCGACUCUUUACUUACAGUACUUAAGGCCAACCUCACCAGGCUCAACAAAGUCAAAUAAGUUUUUCUCUUUAUUUAACACAGCUGCAAUCCCCAUCUUUAACCCUUUAAUCUACAGCUUAAAAAGUAAAGAUGUGAAGUUAGCGAUGAUGCAAAAAUUACUGUGCUUUAAAGUUCAUUUAUAA